CCAACCAUGUGCUUCCGCUGCUUGUUUCCGGCCUUCUUGCAGCCUGAAUAUUUGUGAUGGCUUAACUUUUUCAAGGAUACUUUUUUCCAGGAGACAGACGAUCACUUAAGGGAUCAAAUUGCGGAACACGUUCACCAGGAAUAUAUUGAUCAUUAUGAAAGAGAAGGAAAAGUCCUCAUUAGUAGACCUGGGAAAGCGGUUGCUUGAAGCAUCUCGUAAAGGACAUGCAGAUGAAGUUAGUGUUCUCAUGGCAUCUGGAGCUCCUUUUACAACAGACUGGCUUGGAACAUCCCCAUUACACUUAGCAGCACAGCAUGGUCAUAGCCAGACAGCAGAAGCAUUACUGCGGGCAGGGGUCAGCAGAGACGCUCGAACAAAGGUUGACAGAACACCCCUACAUAUGGCAGCUCAACAUGGUCACAAACAAGUAGUUGAUCUUCUCAUUUCUUCUGGGGCCUGUGCAAACAAUACUGAUAUGUUAAACAUGACACCUCUUCAUUGGGCCUGUGAACAUAAUCAUGUUGAGAUUGUCAAAAUUCUGCUUAGAGCAGGAGCCAAGAUUGAUAUAAAGAGCAAGUUUGGCAAGACUUCAGUUGACAUCGCCAGAGCUAAAGGCUAUAGCGAAGUGUUACAGGCUUUAUCCUCAGAUCAGGAUCAGGAUUUGUCAUUGCCAAAAACUCUUAAGAGGCAAGCUGAUCGCAAUAACCUCACAUUGAACUCAAUGAAGAAAAGACAAAGGACAAAAAAGUUUCCAAUGACAGCUGGAUCUUGGACUGGUCCUGAGGGACCUACAGAAAAUGGAAACAAAGCCAGAAGAAAGGCAACAACUCCAGGAACAUCCCCAAAGUCUGCUGUGGGUGGUGGAAGAAGAGUGUCAGCUCCUCCUCACUUCCCCAAUGCAGGUUCUCCAUCUCUACGUAGUCCAACUGAAAACUCCAUUGCCUCUUUGGUGUCAGCUGCAGCCAUAGUAAAAGCAAAAUCAGAGAGUGAAGGUGAAGGCCAAAUGUCAACAGUAGUUAUGUCGGAUGGCAAAAGCACCUCUAAUACCUCUAAACCGCAAGACUCUAGUGUACUUGAUACACUGGCCACACUUGCCACUGCCACCUUAAGCCACAGUACAUCUGCGACUUCAACGACACCACCACAGCAAGUAACAGCUGUGGCUGGCAAACCCCUUGGCAUUACACCCCUCACCCUCCCACCAACAACACCAACCUUCGCCACCCCGUUGACACCAUCAAGUCUCUUCCCAAUGCCUUCCCCUCUUGCAGCACUCUCUGCUCUGUCAUCUUUAUCAUCACCAGCACAAACAUCUCCUCUGCCGUUGUCUUUCACUAUGCCCAUGAUGACCCCUCAGCAGGUUUCAUCAACUGGAGCGCAGCUGAUGCCCCUGGUUCAGAGUGGUGCACCCUUCUUCUCCAGUGCAGCAGGCGUGUCUAUUCAACAAGGUGGGGCAUCUGUGACAACUGCUGGGGAUGUGCAUGGACCUUUAUCAACAAGCAGUGCUAGUUCGGGUGCCUCCAUAGCAGGUGCGGAUUCAAUGGUGAAAACCAUAACACUUGGCAAUGCAAGUUCACAGUCCCACAAUACAUCUGCACAAGCUAUUCUACCUCAAUCCAUCAUGGCCCCCUUCCAAAUUCCUGGUGGGUCAGGUCAGACACAACUGCAGACACAGCUUGCUCUGAGCCAAAUGCUUGCCCCAAUGCAAGGAGUUCAGCCCUCAGUUGUGUUGGAGCUGAAUGCAUCAGCUAAUAAGGAUGGAAUUGCUCAAGUAAAAGUUGACCAAAAUCAAGCAGCAGAGUUGUUAAAAAAUCAGAGCCAGUCUCAGGAAGUGGCGCAAACUCAGCUUCACCAAGAUACCGGUGAAUCAAAACAAGCGGAGGACAUGAGCACACAAAACAUUCCCGGCACACAGGAGGUGUUCAUAACACUUCAGGUUCCAGCUGGUUUGCAGCAUGUUCAGCCUCAGCUUGUGACAGACCCCAGCUUUGCCUUACAGCAAGUACAGCUUGUGCAACAAGUGGCCACACACGACACCUCACAGCAAACAGCGACUGUAGCAACUCAGUCACAGCAGAACCCGGUCUCUAUACAACCUGAUACCGUUGCACACACUCAACAGGAACAAGCUGCUGGCUCAACCGCACCUCAGGCUCCGGUUGUCCAAUUACAGCUGCCACAGGAUCAGAUAAACUUGGCGCAUUUAAUGCAAAAUGUUGGACAUGGAACGUUACCGCUGACAGUACCAUUGACUCAACUUUUAGCAAACAGCCAAUUACAAAUCGGCAGUCAAGUGACACAAGUGCCUCAACACACACAACAACAGCGACAACAGCAACAAACAACAGGGACACAGCACCAGCAACAAAAUAUUGCGCAACAGCUACUGGCUCAAUCGGUUCCUCAAAGGACCUUACUACCCCAAAAUUAUGUGGCUCAGUUAGGCCAGGCCCCUGUUCAACCAACAGCUGAUGUCCAGCAGCAAUCGCAGCAGCAACUCAUCUCCCCUCAGCUUCUUCUGCAAGUACAAGAAGACCUUCGUAAACUGUUGGAACAGAGACAAGUAGAGGAGGACAAGGUCAGAAAGGAGUUGGAAGGAAAAGUGCACGCGUUACAACGAGACAGCGACAAGUAUCGCUCAGAGCUGGAGCACGCGCAGAAAGAAGCGGAAGCUUACCGCAGUCGUUUGGAAGUCGAAAGGAAAGAAAAAUCCAAGCUACACCAGUUGUAUGAAGCAGCCAAGCAUCCUAGUGGUAAUGGCGGCGAAGGGCAUGAUAGCUCCACCACAUCUGAACCUGCAAGUGAUCCUUUAAUGUAAAACCUCUGUUUAUAUAGUGCCAAGCCCUAAUUGUUAUGACAAAUAAGAUGAUUAUAUUGCUCUUCUUAAUUUAAUUUUACCCUUUAUAUUUCAGUCAGAUGUUCUGAAGUUUUGAUAGUUUAUUUGCAUUUGAACUUCUGGCAUUUGCUACUAUAACGGGUAAUCAAGGAAAAAGUAACCAUAACGAUCCAUUCACUAACUUGUCAUGUUGCGGUGUUAUUUUGUUUUAUUUUAUUUAUUUUUUUUAAUUCACUGCGUCAGGUUUUUUGGAACUUUUAGUGCAGCAUGCAAAACUUCCUCUUAAGUUAGGGAAUAACAGAAGAAAGUAUUAAUAUGUUAAGAAUGGAAGGGAUAAAUCUUCUAGGAACGGAAAUAGGUUAACUCAGAUCACAAAUGAUGAACUUGAAAAUUUCAAGGCUUAUUUUUUUCGAGAUGCAGUAUCCGUAGGCUCGAUUUCUGCCUAUUUCUCGAGUCCAGUAUUCGAUCCUCCUAAGGGUGACUUUGGGGUGAGAGCCGGCUUACUUCCUGAAUAGCGACUGGUGAUCGAGCCUACUAUAGCUGUCUCGUACCUUUUUUAUUGCCGUAUAAUGCCCUUGUAAUCUUUUCGGAUUCUCUAUAGUUUUCUUACGGUUUCAUUGUAACUGAAAGACCCUUAUGUAUUUAUCUUCUUGUAAAAUAACUGUUAUGCAGUCAGAUUGAAGUUUUAAUAUUGUUCCGUCUGGGAUAACUAUAAGCGAAGUACUCUUUUGUACGGGAAGACAGAAUGACACAGUCGUUUUCACGAACGUGUUGGACGGUGUUUCAUCUUGGACGGCAUAAUAUGUAAAGACUGUAAAUAGUCCAGUCGUGUAUAUGGUGUUACAGUAACUUAUUGGCACAGGUUAUAUAGUAUUUGUGAUAAGUAUUAAUUAAAUAUACGAUGGUUUAUUUGUACCAUGUGCGGCGAGAUUAUCUCUCCACUGUAGUUUUCAUUUUAUUAGAAGCAUCAAGGAGUGAAUAUUUCAUUCAUUUCAUAUGCAACGGGACAUACACGUUCUUCAUAAGUUCAGCGUACCUGAAACUAAAUUAUGUCCACUAAGAUGCUAUGUAGUGUGAAAUAAGAUUUAAUUUAAGUAUUUUAAUUUGUAAGCGCAUCUAAGGCCCAUUUCAUACGCCGAACUUUUCAGAGCCAAACCGGCUUAAGACCUCGAAUGAAAAGUUCGGUAUCUGAAUCAACUUGGGAACGGUUCGGCCGGGAAUUUUGACUUCGGCGCAGCUCAGUAACGGCUUUGAUUCAGGCGCCGAACGGCCACGCUGAAAAUUCUGGAACUGAGUCGGUAUUGGCUCAAUGAGUUCGAUGAUUUUUGACAGCUUACAUUUGAAUUUAGCUUUACCCGUGAAUAAAGUUUGGCUUCUAAAACGGGCCUAAGCCCCGCAAAAAUUUCCAUCAUUCCUGAACUCUUACAUGUUGCAAUACCUAGCAUAAACACAUCAAUGCAGGUUAGCAUAUUUCCACUUAAGACAUAUUCCCUCAAAGAAAAAAUUGAGAGUGAUCUUUGACUAAGACUGCGGAGAUCUCGGUGCUACCUUCCAUAUUUUAACAGCACUGAUUGCAUGGGGGUUCAAGUAAAUUGAAAAUUGUAUCUGUUAUCAUUUUGGAUAUGUGCAGCAAUUUUGCAUGGUGGAAAACAAUCGAGAACUAGAUGCAUUGCACAGCGAAGACUAUUGUUAACGAUUGUUAUGAAUAUGAGGAAUAAAGAGUCAUCUACUAACUA